AUGUCAUUUCUCUUCAAAUAUUCUGCGGUCCUGUGGAUCACUAAGGCGCGUGAGCGCUGUCACAGAUUGAAGGGAGAGAAGAAGAAGAUGUUCAAGCACAGGGAGACAGAUUGUAAGGCAUAUUAUGAUAUCUUGAAGAGACUCUGUAAGAGACAGAAGCUGGCAGAGGAGAAGAAGAUUGAGGUCUUAUUCAGGUCUCAAAUGCACUCCAUGAUUCAGGACAUUGAGGAGACAGCUCUGCUCUCUGAGCAUGUCAAUCUGCUUGCUGCUGAGGUGAAACCUGAGACAGCAGACCAGGAAAUGCAGGAUUUUGAGGUGCAGAUUGACCUGACUGAGAGAAAGCAGCAGAAACCCUUCUCUGAGAAGGUAGCAGAGAGAGAUUUUGAGGUGAUUAUCAUCUCAGAUGAGGAGAAGAAGAAGAAGAAGAAGAAGAAGAAGAAGAAUGAGAAGUGA